AUGACUUACACCAGGUCCCUAUCUUUCACACACGGGAAGCCCUUCCUGGGAGCCAUGAUGGGCCUGGCUCGGCCUCUCAUAAGCGAUUUGAAAUUAGAUCGGGGUUCUACUUCAGCUCGAUGUCCCGGCGUACAACCUCCUCAUAUUGGGGACGCCAAUAACGAAGAAAGUGUCACACAAACGAAUGCAGGACGACGGGCCUACGUUGCUUGUUUCGCACUAAGUGCAAUUGUAUCCACUACCAUGAAGUAUGAUGCCAUGCGCUGGUCCUCACAGUUGGACUCUGCUUGCUCCAUUCUGUCUGCACACAGCGAAGUUGAAGGCGACCAGAUCCUUGUUGCUCUUGCUCGCCUCGCAAAAGUGGCACUCGACGCAGGGGACAUCUAUCGGCAAGUGUCAGAGGACUCGGAAACCACUGUACAUCCCGCAUUCUCGAUAGCCCCUUUGAAGAGCUCUCUCAGUCAAACCAAGGACACGCUGAACUCUGAACAGCUACAGCACAGCUCAGUAGUAACAUACAUAUAUGCUGCAGAAGCUGCAAUCUACGAACUAGCUCUUCUCCAGCCACCGACUCCGCUCAUGCGCUACUGCGAUCACAACCUAAAGCGGAUCGAAUACCUCACCGGCUUGCUGCAGACCUGCAAAGGAUGCACAGAACACUUUCUUGCUUUCGAUCUAAGACACAUCACUGCGCCUAUGAUGAUCGUGUUUGGCUACAGUAUGAAGCUCUGCUAUUCUCUGCUCACUUUGCAGAUCAGCGGCUGGGACACGGCAAUGGCGCGCAUGACAUUAGAUCCCGCUACGUGUUUCGAGCGUGCAAUUGACCACUGCGAACAGACAAACAAUGCUUUGAAAUUUGAAACGGGCGAAGAUAGCAUCUUCAAGCAGGCAGCAGAAACGAUGCGUAGCUCUGCCUCACAAUGGAGACUGCCUACGGAGCGACGCGACCCAUCACUCGGACUAGAUGCAUUUGCUUCUGGUGCGGAUUUUGGUCUAGUCGAUUUGCCCUCGUUGGAGUUCUCUGAGGAUUUUUGGCUGAACACUAACUGCAACUUUUGA